CAGUAAUAGGGAGACAAAAACGUUGUUUAGUGAUAUUAAUUAAAACUAAACAAAAACCUCCUUUUUGUUAUGAUCAAAGAUAAGCAAAUAAAACUUUACUACUUGCCAAUUUAUAAUUAGAAUUUGUUUUCCUGCUAAAAUGUGUUAGUUUGGACGACUUGCGCGUUUGAUAGCUUUAUGUCCUUUUCCAUCAAGUUCUUAGACUAAAUAAUGUAUUUCGAGUUCUACUGAAAUAAUAGUUUAAACUAUAAUAUUUAUAAAAUUUUUAGAUAUCUCGCUUGGAUCUUUUAAACUCAUAGUCAGAACUAAUCACUAUGAGUUUUAAGAAUCAAUAAUUAAGUGGUUUUUGACACUAUAUUCAAACUCUUUACAUAAUAAAGACGUUAACAAGCAAUGUGGAAAUGCUAAAACUUGGAAAUUGAUUUUCUUUGAAUGUAUAAAAAAAACUAAAAAUUUCAAAUAUAUUUAUUUAAACAUAUGAGACUGUAACUAGAUUUAAUUAUGGAAUCUGCUAUUGAUAAUCACAUAUUAGAGCUAAGUAAUGAUACUGUGCAGUUUGAACCUGUGAGCAAUUUAACGAAUGUGUUUUAUGAUGAAGCUAACUGUCAGGUGUUUGCAGUUAGAUCUGGUGGAACUACAGGAGUUGUUGUGAAGGGACCACAAGAAGUAAUAUCUUACAGUUUCCGCAUGCUAGAUAAAGGCGAUGUUAUGUCAAUUAAGUUUUCUCCUGAUAAAAAAAUAUUAUCUGUUCAAAGAAGUUUUAAAUCCAUUGAAUUCAUGAAUUUUAACGAAGAGCCAGAUAGUCUUGAAUACUCUCAAAGCUGCAAAGGUAAAAAUAUGAAAAUUUUGGGAUUUUCUUGGACCAAUGUGAAUGAAAUUGUGUUUGUGAUGGAUAAAGGUAUCGAGCACUACCAAGUUAUACCUGAAAAACAUACCUUAAAAUCUUUGAAAUCCUGGAGUUUGUCCUGUAACUGGUAUGUUUAUCAUCCAGAUAACUCUUUGCUUCUAAUAUCAUCAGGAAGCUUAUGCAACGUAAUGCAUCCAUUUCAGUUUCGUCAAGGUACAUGUUAUAAGUUGGCAAGGUUUGAAAUAGACUUGCCCGCAGCUCCAAAAUUGCAGAAGGUUUGCUUACUCGAAAGGGAUGUCAGUAUUGCCACAGUAUACAAUAGAACUUGUAUAUUUGUUCUACGUCAUCAACCUCGUACGGCAGGGACCCCGGGGGCUGAGAUUGCUGUUUAUAAAGUUAUCAAAGAUGGCCCCCCUCGUAAAACAGAUAUAUUGCGGUUAGAUAAGAGUGGUCGUUUUGCAAUCAAUGUCAUUGAUAAUAUUAUUGUAGUUCAUCACCAAGCAUCUAAAGAAUCAAUGAUGUUUGAUAUUAAUCUACCGUGUUACAAUGACAAAUUCAUAUCUUAUCAUACCCCAAUUGUUAGAUGCCCCAUAAAGCCUUUUGUGAUUACGAUUCCCGCAAUGCCUAGUCAAAAUUCGUUAGAGCAAAAGGUUAUGUGCGAGUUAUAUUCGCCUAAUUGGGUUGUUUUCUUACCAAAUGUUAUUAUCGACCCUAAAUUAGGUUUUAUGUGGUAUGUAAAAAUGAAUCUAGAUCCUGUUGUCGAUGUUUUAGAAGACAAAUGUUUACUAGUCGAUUUCUUGCUAUUGAGACAAACCUCUAAAUCUUUAAUAUUAAAAGUUUGUCACGAUGCUUUGACGUCUCCCGGUCGGUUACCUCUCGAUACCUUAGCAAAAAUAUUCGAUAAAUUAAAUGAGAUCUUCAAGCUCAACGCCGAGCUUCAAAGGCAAGAUUCGAUUAAAAACAGUCCACAAAUUACAUUAACCCAUAAACCAACUGUUGUAAUUGAUCAAGCAGACAUGUUCUCUCAUGUAUUCUGCAUAUUUGAAAAAGAAAACAUAAGCCCUAAAUUUGCCGUUUCUGUCUUGCUCGAGUACAUUCGUUCUCUGAUCCAAUAUCAGCAGUCUGUUCAACAUUAUCUGAGUAAAUUGCUGAUAAAUAUUAUGGUUCAGAAUAAGCAGUUUUAUCAGCUUCAUCAGUUUUUGCAGUAUCAGAUACUAAAUGACUCAAAACAGCUAGCUUGUUUGAUGCUAACUCUUGAGAGUGUUUAUCCACCAGCGUAUCAAUUAGCGUUAGACAUGCUUAAAAGACUCCAGAAUACGAAUGAAGAGAUAGUUGAAGUGUUGUUGUCGCAGAAAAAAAUUCUUCAAGCCUUAUCAUUUGUUAGAAUGUGUGGAGCUGUUGAUUCACUUUCUUCUCAAAAGUACCUAUCUGCUGCUAUAUAUACUGGGGAUCCUAGAAUAUUUUAUUCCGUAUAUAAAUUUUUUGAGCAAAGAAAUAUUAGACUUCGAGGGUCACCAGACUUUGAACCAGGUGAACAUUGUGAAGCUUUUGUGAAGUACUUUAAUAACAUUUAUGGGACAUUAACUUAUGAAUAUGACAAUUGAUUUUGACCUCUAUGUCUUUUUUUAACAAAAAUGUUUGUUGGUAAAUUAAAAUAGUGUUAUGUUUUGUGAAUAAAAUAUAUUAUAUUUAA